ACACAGAUUCUCAGGAAGCUUUUCACUGAAAAACAUUCAAAGGGAGGGAAAGGGAAGAGAUGCAGGGAGGAGGUUGCUGUUAACCCGAGGCUUCUUGUUUUGUCACCGACCCCCGGACUGAUCACCGCGCUGUGAUGGGGACUGUGAGUGAGCUGUGUGCGUCCAGCUUCCAAGCUUUUCUCUGCCCCACUGUACGAGCCGGAGCACCUGCUGCUGCAGCCUCAGUGCCUGAUGACCUGAGUCCAGAGGAGCGACAGGAGCUGGAGAGCAUCCGCCGCAGAAAACAGGAGCUGCUGCAGGACAUACAAAGGCUGAAGGAUGAGAUAGCAGAGGUGACCAAUGAGAUUGAAAACCUGGGUCUGACUGAAGAGAGGAAAAGCAUGCAGAGGAACAAACAGAUGGCCAUAGGCCGAAAGAAGUUCAACAUGGACCCUACAAAGGGGAUUCGCUUUCUGAUAGACAGCUCGCUGCUGAAGAACACCAGCGAAGACAUCGCACAGUUCCUCUACAAGGGGGAGGGGCUUAAUAAGACGGCCAUCGGUGACUAUCUGGGGGAGAGAGACGAGUUCAACAUCAAGGUGCUGCACGCGUUCCUGGAGCUGCACGAGUUCUCGGACCUGAACCUGGUCCAGGCGCUCAGGCAGUUCCUGUGGAGCUUCCGGCUGCCCGGCGAGGCCCAGAAGAUCGACCGCAUGAUGGAGGCGUUCGCCCAGAGAUACUGCCACUGCAACCCCGGAGUGUUUCAGAGCACCGAUACUUGUUACGUGUUGUCCUUCGCCGUGAUCAUGUUGAACACGAGUCUACACAACCCCAACGUAAGAGACAAACCCUCAGUGCAGAGAUUCACCGCCAUGAACAGAGGAAUCAACGACGGAGGCGAUCUACCCGAGGAUCUGCUCAGAAACCUCUACGACAGCAUCAAGAACGAGCCCUUUAAGAUCCCAGAGGACGACGGUAACGACCUCACACACACCUUCUUCAACCCCGACAGAGAGGGCUGGCUGCUGAAACUCGGUGGACGAGUGAAGACCUGGAAGAGACGCUGGUUUAUUCUCACAGAUAACUGCCUGUACUACUUUGAAUACACCACAGAUAAGGAGCCCAGAGGGAUCAUUCCACUGGAAAAUCUGAGUAUCAGAGAAGUUGAUGACUCAAAGAAACCGAACUGCUUCGAGCUCUUCAUCCCCAACAACAAGGAUCAGGUGAUCAAAGCCUGCAAGACCGAGGCAGACGGCCGCGUCGUUGAGGGAAACCACACGUUUUACAGAAUCUCUGCUCCGACGGCGGAGGAGAAGGACGAAUGGAUGAAGAGCAUCAAGGCCGCCAUCAGCAAAGACCCGUUCUACGAGAUGCUGGCCGCUCGGAAGAAGAAGGUCUCCCUGAAGGGGCUGUAGGGCUGAGACGGCAUGAAGAACCAGCUCAGGUCUGCUGGAGCUGGACCCGAUAAUCCAGCUGCAGUCACACCAUGAACAGACCCGCCUUCAGCACCGAGGGCCCCUGAUCCUUCAUACGUCAAAGUCAGUCACAGGAUCCGUUAGAAGCCCGAUCAGAACCCGGCCUGCUCCCCUCGACUCUGACCAAAACUAUAAAUCUGCUUCAGUGAGUCAUAUUGACCCGACGACUUCUUCAGAACAUUAAGACCACAGAAUGUUUCUGCAGAAGAGAAAUGUAGUAAAACCUGAAAUUACUGCAACUGGAAUAGAACAAGUAGGGAGAAAAAAA